CGGAAUAUUCGAAUCGGCGGUGGCUGCUCCGGUGAGGCUGCAGCCGCCGGGCGUCAGCUCGCCAUGGAUAAUCCGGAAAAUGUUUUCCAAAUGUUUGAAGCCCAUAUGCAGAGCUACAAAGGCAAUGACCCACUUGGUGAAUGGGAAAGUUACAUGCAGUGGGUAGAAGAGAAUUUUCCUGCAAAUAAAGAAUACUUGACAACUUUAUUAGAACAUUUAAUGAAGGAAUUUUUAGAUAAGAAGAGAUACCACAAUGACCCAAGAUUCAUCAAUUACUGUUUAAAAUUUGCUCAGUUCAACAAUGACCUCCAUCAGUUUUUUGAGUUUCUGUACAACCAUGGGAUCGGAACUCGGUCAUCUCCACUGUACAUAGCCUGGGCGGGGCAUCUGGAAGCCCAGGGAGAGCUGCAGCAUGCCAGUGCCAUUUUUCGGAGAGGAAUUCAAAACCAGGCUGAACCUAGAGACCUACUGGAACAACAGUACAGGUUAUUUCAGACACGUCUCACUGAAACCCAUGAGCCAGUUCAAGCUAGAGCAUCAGAACCUCUGCAUAAUGCUCAGAUUGUAAACCAAAUGACAACAUCAAAAUCAGAUCCAGGAAAUGACCCAGCGUGCAUUUCCAAGAACCAGGGUUCAGAGCUUUGUGGAGCGAUGUCUUCAGCUUGUGAUAAAGAGUCAAAUAAGGAACAGAGGGCUAUCAUGAUCUCUAAAUCAGAAUAUUCUGCACACUCAUCUUUGGCGGGCAAAGCUGAUGUUCAGCCGGUUGUUAUGUAUUGCAAAGAGAAGCUUAUUCGUGGAGAAUCAGAAUUUUCCUUUGAAGAAUUGAGAGCCCAGAAAUACAAUCAACGGAGAAAGCAUGAGCAAUGGGUAAAUGAAGACAGACACUACAUGAAAAGGAAAGAAGCGAAUGCUUUUGAAGAACAGCUAUUAAAACAGAAGAUGGAUGAACUUCAUAAGAAAUUGCACCAAGUGGUGGAGACAUCCCACGAGGACCUGCCCACUCUCCUGGGAAGAGCUGAGGUUAAUCCAGCUUGUGUGGGGCCAAGUACAGGCUUCCAGCAGGAGCAGAGAGCUUCGUGUCCUCCAGCCACCGGUCUCCAGACCUCAGAGAGCCUGGGAGGGAAACCCAGAGAGGCACCUCCUGUUGUUCCUCUUGUGGCCAAUGCUGGAUCUGCUGUUCUGGUGUCCCUAGCCGUGAGCCAGAGCGUAGCUCCUCCUCCUGCUGCUCCUGUUCCAUUGACAGCCCAGACAGUGAUGGGCUCCACAUUCGCAGUAGCCAGAAGAGAUGCCAGAAUUUUCUCUUCCAGAUGUGAGAAUAAAAGUACCCAUGAGUUUAAGCCGCAGAGUGGAGCAGAGAUGAAGGAAGGAUGUGAAGCACCUAGGGCUGCCAACGCAAGUUCUUUUCACACAACUCCCAACACGUCUCUGGGGCUGGUUCAGGCAACGCCUUCCAAAGUGCAGCCGUCACCCACCGUGCACACCAAAGAGGCACUAGGUUUCAUCAUGAACAUGUUCCAGGCCCCGACCCUGCCUGAUGUUUCUGACGACAGAGAUGAAUGGCCAUCACUAGAUCAAAAUGAAGACGCAUUUGAAGCCCAGUUUCAAAAAAAUGCAAGAUCUUCUGGGGCUUGGGGAGUGAAUAUUAUCUCUUCUUUGUCAUCUGCUUUACCGGUGUUUGAAGAUGGAAACAAAGAAAAUUACGGGUUACCACAGCCUAAAAAUAAACCCGCAGGGGCCAGGACCUUCGGAGAACGCUCUGUCAGCAGUUUUCACUCAAAACCAAAUGAAGUGCCUCAAGUGGAAGAGUUUUUGGAUGACUCCACCGUGUGGGGUAUUCGCUGCAACAAGACCCUGGCCCCCAGCCCUAAGAGCCCAGGAGACUUCACCUCUGCUGCACGGCUUGCAUCUACGCCGUUCCACAAACUUCCGGUGGACUCAGCGCCCAUCCUGGACGAUAAAGAAAAUAUGGUAGCAAGACAAUAUACCCCUGUAACUUUGGGUUCUUGUGAAGAAAACAUGGUGGUGCCCACAAAGGACCGAAAGUUCAGUCCAAUUCAAGAGAAAAGCCCGGGAGAACAGGCAUUCCCCACCAGCAUAUCUUCAGCAGCCUUACUCUGUGUGAGCCAGCCUGCUGCAGGUGGUGUACUUACCCAUGAGGCUGAGCGGGGCCUGGAGGCUUGCAGACUCACAGACACGGGCCUUGCUCUUGCAGAGGAUCCACCAGAUGCUGUCACUGGGCUCCAAGCAGAGUGGAUGCAGACUGGUUCAUCUGGGACUAUCCCUGCUCCAAACCUCACUGUUGAGAACCCAUGGGAUGAUGCAUUGAUUUUCAAAUUUCUAUCUGGACUUUCUAAACCAGUGAGUUCUUAUCCAAAUACCUUUGAAUGGCGUUGUAAACUUCCAGUCAUCAGGCCCAAGACUGAAUUUCAAUUGGGUUCUUUGCUGGUCUACAUUGAUCAUCUUCUUGGAGAAGGGGCCUUUGCCCAGGUUUAUGAAACUACCCACUUAGAUGUGAACAAUGCUAAAGAUAAACACAAGUUUGUUCUAAAGGUCCAGAAGCCUGCCAACCUGUGGGAGUUCUACAUUGGGGUGCAGCUGAUGGAGAGACUGAAGCCAUCUGUGCACCACAUGUUUAUCAAAUUCUACUCCGCCCACUUCUUCCAGAAUGGUAGUUUACUAGUUGGGGAUCUCUACAGCUAUGGAACAUUACUAAAUGCCGUUAAUCUCUAUAAAAAUACCCCUGAGAAAGUGAUGCCUCAAGCCCUUGUCAUCUCCUUUGCCAUCGGCAUGCUCCACAUGAUCGAGCAGGUCCACGCCUGUGAAAUCAUUCACGGAGACAUCAAGCCAGACAAUUUCAUGCUUGGAAACAGAUUUUUGGAACAGGAUGGCGAAGAGGACGACUUAUCUGCUGGCUUGGCCCUGAUUGACCUGGGUCAGAGUAUAGACAUGAAACUGUUUCCCAAAGGGACGACAUUUACAGCGAAAUGUGAAACAUCCGGUUUUCAGUGCAUUGAGAUGCUCAGUAACAAACCAUGGAACUACCAGAUUGAUUACUUUGGCGUGGCUGCAACAGUUUACUGCAUGCUCUUUGGCACUUACAUGAAAGUGAAAAAUGAAGGAGGAGUCUGGAAGCCCGAAGGUCUUUUCAGAAGGCUCCCUCAUUUGGAUAUGUGGAAUGAAUUUUUUCACAUCAUGUUGAACAUACCAGACUGUCAUCAUCUUCCAUCAUUGGAUUUGUUAAGGCAAAACUUGAAGAAAGUAUUUCAACAACACUAUACACACAAGAUCAAGACCCUGCGAAACAGGCUUAUCGUGUUACUCUUAGAAUAUAAGCGCUCGCGAAAAUAACAUUUGGAUGUGACACUCCCUGGAAAUCACUCUGUAAAUGCUAACCUGCUCUUUUUACCGUAGUAUUUUUCUCACAAUUGAUUGUCGAUGUAAAUGUUUAUUAAAAAUAAAUUCCA